AUGACGCCCCGUAUCGUGGCGGGGUUGCAGUCUCUGAGCAAACCACGCAAUUCGCAAAACGCAGCAGCUCGGCCUCGGGACUCUGACGAUUCCGAGCCUUCGCUUGAAGGUCCAGCUGUCGGCAACCCCGUCACUCAUUCACAAAUCGUGGAUAUCUGGAAAACGCUCAACGAUAUCGGUUGUGGAGAUUAUACUCUGGAGGAACUUUUGAAGGGAUCCAAGGUCUACGUACCGCCGCCAGCCCCGAAGUCCGAGCCGUCGGACGACUACAAAGCACUUAUGGCGCGGCUUCGCCGGGAGCAGGAACAGCGGGAGUAUGAACGAAUGGCGAAUCCGCUGCCGCCGAUGGAGACGUUCUCUCAGCGGUAUCCCAACGGCGCAAACAUGGCUCAAGCGUUUGCAGCAGUGAACCGGCCGACCAAUGAAGCGGAUAUGGGCGAUGAUGAUGUGACAUACAACGACGUGCAUCGCCAGCUAAUGUUGAUUCUCAACUUCGUGGCGAGCAUACUGGGGGUUGCUGCAACGCUCUGGAUCGUGGCUAGGUGGUGGAGCACGCCAGCCAGACUGUUUCUGACUAUGGGCGGCAGCCUUCUGGUUGGAAUUGCGGAGAUCGCCGUGUAUUCUGGAUACGUAUGGCACCUCGGCCAGGCCGACAAGAAGGACAAGACUUUGAAGGAAGUCAAGGAAGUCCUCCAGACCUGGACUGUCGGGGUCGAGAAUGAAGCCGUUGUAGUUGGUGGAGAGCCACGGGAUCAGGACGCAAACCUUCGGCAGCGGCAGAAGGGCCACAGAUAA